ACGAGCACAAAAAGAGUCAGGGGCUGACGCCACACCUGCCAGGCAAGCAUUGCGAUGUUAUCACUCUAUGAUUGUUAAAGAGAAGAACUGAUGCAUUCAGCCCCCAAGAGUCUAGAGUUGCGGUCCCAGACCAGAUUUUGAUGUGGGAACUCAGAGAGAGUUCCAGAUCGGACGGCCGUCCGAUUGACAUCGGACGGCGAGAUGCUCUUAUUGCGCCUAUGGCCGCCGGUUGCUUGUGUGGCCACGGCCACAGCUAGGGCAAUGAUCCAAUCUCGAAUGUCGUCUGCCUCUACGCCCACGGCCGUGGCGGUGGCGCGGCCGGCGGGGAGGUACGCCGUGUACGUCGCGGCCGUGCCGCUGAGGGCUCCUCAGGGUCCGGCCCAGGCCCUGAUGUCUUCGGCCUACUCGUUGGGUCUGUGGGACCUUCAGCACUUCAUGGUGCUCCUCCGGCCCGACCCUGCCCGAACCCCAACCCGAGCCCAGGAGCAGGAGCAGGAGCCGUCGUUGGUGUUCGAUUUCCAGCCUCGCCACCCGGAGGAUGCUCUCGCCGCCUUCUCCGUGCUCUCGCGGAGCAAAAUACCGGGGGUGGUUCGGAGGAGAAGGCUGCGGAGGAUCCCUGACAGGAGGAGCUGGUUCGUCGGCCUAAGCGACGGCGACGGCGACGCCGCCGACGCCGCCGAGAGGUUCAGCGAGCGCUGGCCGACCGACCUGGUCGUCGGGAACCACGACUGCCGAGACUACACCAACGGUUGGCAGGCACAAUUGCCGCUUUACUUGCACAUUGACAUUGCCAUCUCUUCUUUUCAUCAUCUCAAUCUUUUGUUUCUCUGUGUGUGUGUGUGCGCGCAUGAUCUCGUUCGCAAGGGCUGGUGGAGGUCUUGACAGGACAAAAACGUGUCCUCGACGCGCUGAGAUCAGCAGGCCGCCAAUGAGGCCGCGCCAUCGUGGGGUGGGCCGGACUGCUUUCUUCUUACCUUUCCUUCUUUCUGCUGCACUAGCGUUGUUUACUGAAUCUUGCUCCAGACAUCGUCUCAACAUAUUCGUGAUAUACAUACAUAUGCGUAAAUGGUAGUACCAUAUGGUUGAAAGAGACAGGCUUGGAUGAUUACGCCAGGUUGAUUCACUCUUCUGUUGCUUGUCCGACGGAGUUCAUCAUGCUUCUUGUGUUACUGUUUUCCAGAGAUAAGUUGCAAUUCCUUUUAAGGAGAAAUAAGUUGCCGUUUCACUUUGCAGAUGGUUGAUAUAUCAGGAUUCCGACUGCUCUCGCCCAUCUGUGAAUUCUUCUAAUCCUAGACCAAGAAAACAUACUGUCUGCAACUACUAAUGAAACGCAUCAGCCUUCUCGGACAAAGGUGUGGCAUAAAUAAGAAAUGCACUUCGAGGAAUUCCUCGGCUGGAGCUUGAAGCAAAAGUAGGAAAAACCAAUCAAUGUAAUCAGGUGCUGGUUGCUGAGUGAGUAUCUGGUAAUUUGCUGUCAGUAGUUCUUUUACACAUAUUAAUUUGCUAUCAGUAGUAAGUGAAGCAAAAUGUUUACUAACAAAAUGGAGGAAGGAAUAUCCAGUAGCACUUGGAUUAUACUAGUAUAUGGCUUCAGCAAACAAACACAAGUUUCUUCUGGAUUCUGUUUUCGAAAUGUGUUCCUAAAUGAGAGAUGUUUUUGUAGUUUAAAUUAAA